AUGCAGGCCUCGGGACUUCGCCGAGUCGUGGUGACCGGGAUGGGUAUCACGAGCUGUCUUGGAAACGACCUGGAGACUGUCACCAGCAACUUGAAGGAAGCCAAGUCAGGGAUCCGCUUCCGCCAGGAGUUUGCCGACCUCGGCCUCAAGUCCAACGUGUGCGGGUGGCCUCAGCUCACCGAGGCUGACUUCAAGGAGCUCAUUCCCCGCCAGGCCCUCAGGUUCAUGGGCGGAAACGCAAAGUACGCGUACAUUGCCCUCAAGAACGCCCUCGACGAUGCUGGUCUCAAGGAGGCGGACUACCAGAGCAACCCCAGGUUUGCUUCCAUCCUCGGUCAGGGAGGAACUUCCAUCGAAGAUGUCGUAGAGACGGUUGACGCUGUCAAGAGCAAAGCUCCUCGUUGGGCCAACAAGGUCGGCCCUUACAGGGUCACUCGUACUAUGGGGUCCACUGUUUCUGCUGUUCUCUCCACGGCCUUCAAGCUUCAGGGCCCCUCCUUCUCCAUCUCUUCCGCCUGCUCUACCGGCGCUCACUGCAUCGGUGUUGGGAUGGAGCAAAUUCAGCUGGGCAAGGCUGAUAUCGCUGCAUGCGGAGCUGGUGAAAACGAUGCGUGGGAGUUCACGGCGAUGUUUGACUGCAUGGGAGCUCUCUCGACCAAAUACAACGACACGCCUGAGACUGCAUCUCGCGCCUUCGACAAGUCACGCGACGGCUUCGUAAUCGCCGGAGGAGGAGGCAUGCUUAUCCUCGAGGACUAUGAAAGAGCCAAGGCAAGAGGAGCGAAGAUCUAUGCGGAGCUUGUGGGGUACGGAGCAAACUCCGACGGCUACGACAUGGUGGCUCCUUCCGGCUUCGGAGGAGAGAAGUGCAUGAAGAUUGCGAUGGCCAUGGCGGACAAGUCGGCCAACGGAGCUCGCAAGAUCGACUACAUCAACACUCACGGCACCUCAACCCCCGUCGGCGACGCCAUGGAGCUUCAGGCCAUCAAGAGAACCUUCGUCGAGGACUCCUCCCGCGGGUACAGCCCGAUGGUGGGCUCAACCAAGUCGCUCUCCGGUCACUCGCUGGGAGCUGCUGGAGUGCAGGAGGCGAUCUACUCGCUUCUCAUGCUCAACAACGGCUUCCUGGCCGAGUCUGCCAACAUCAAGGAUCUGUGCGACGAGGCCGAGGGCCUCAACAUCCUGCGCAAAAGGUAUGACGGGCAGGUUUCGCGGGUUCUGUCCAACAGCUUCGGGUUUGGAGGAACCAACGCUUGCUUGAUCUUCGACAAGAUCUGA